AUGAUAUUACUAGCUUUAUUAUACAUCCCUAGCGCCGCCCAAUCACCGGGCCGCCUUGUACGAGCACAGCCUUACAAAGAUGGCUGUACAGGCAGGGGUGUACGCGGCAUGCGACACCAGAGGUGGCUGUCCUGGGGCUCAGCUAAAAAUUCGCCUAACAUUCCCAUCGUCGGCCGAUUUGGGAAUUACUUUGGCCAACAACUCGCUACAAAGAUUGACCGUGAUGCCACCGUUGUCGCAACGAAUUCUUUGGCCUUGCCAAAGCCACUCGCCGCCCCCGACUCACCUUUGGCACAGCCGGCAUUCGAGACAAAAGAACGACGCCUAUUGGAGCUGCAGCUGAUGAAUUACUUUUGUUUCGACGUAUGUUCUUCACUGCCUGGGACCUAUUUCCCCGAAACUCGCAAUAUUUGGACCGUUGUCGUUCCUAGGCUCGCAACCAACUACGACGCCCUCCUCAACGCCAUCAUGACGCUGGCUUUGCGGCAUAUGCUCUGCAGUGGGUGCCAGGAUAUCGCGCCGCUUGACGAGGUCAAACGUUACCAUGCGCAAUAUCUCGAAGCGACAUUGCAGAAAUCCCAGAGCGUCGUCGGCACCUUGUCUCCCGCUGUUGCAGACGCGGCAAGCUUCACGUCGGUCGUCCUAUCUCUGGAUGCGUUUGCGAGUCUGCGUGACCGUGAUAUCGGCGAUUAUGCAGCUCCGGUGCAGUGGCUACACCUAUGCAAGGGUGUCAUGCAGGUUUUUCGUGUGACGCUCAAGCUCCUCAAAGGCUAUCCUGAAGCCAACAUCAAUAAAAUUGUCGCAACCAGCGGCCCGUUUGUCGAGCGAUCCCAGAUCAUGUGCGAGGCAAAUCGGAACCAAUUUCCUGCCCUGCUCAUGCGGCAACCCGGAGAGUCCAACGAAGACGACGCGGCCUAUAUCGAGACUGUCAGUUAUAUAGGCGCCAUACAAAGUGCCAUUAAGGCAGGUGAGGAUAUCCAUUCCACCACGCGCCGCCUGAUUGUUUAUCCGGUACUUUUUCCGCAGCGCUUUGUCGAAUUACUGGACGAGCACCGACCGCGUGCACUGGUGAUUCUUGCACAUUUCUUUGCAGUCGCAGCACACUGUCGGACAUCUGCCUGGGUCGGAGAUAUUCCCAAGAGGGAAAUCCUAGCCUUGGCUGGAUUUCUAGCGCCGCAGUACCAGCAUGAGCUUGCCUGGCCUCUCAUCACAACCGCCCAGAUGGCAAUCUAUGCCGCGAUGAUCAUCCCAGUUCUCUACUUGCUCUUCAGACAUGGCAAAGUGGGCAUCAUAGGAUGGUUCUACUUGGCGGCCUUCUGCGUACUGAGAAUUCUGGGCGGCGCCCUCGCACUCGGCGGAAGCAAGACGGCCACUAUUAUUGCCAACAUUGGACUGUCACCACUUCUCCUUGCCGCCUCUGGCAUUCUUCACGAGUCAAACUCUCUGCGAAAAGUCGGUGAUGCGAAAGUCGAAUGGGCCGUUGUGCUUGCCUUGCACAUCCUUGUUGCUGGUGCGACAGCCAUCCUCGCCGUUGGCGCCUCGGCCUUGCAAAGCUCGUCUCCUCUACCCUCCGAUCUGAUAAAAGUCAAGGUUGGUAUCACACUUUUACUGAUAGGCUGGGUUGUUCUCGUCGGGUGGUCUUUGCAAUCGUGGUUCCGACGCAGUACCCAACAUUCGGAGGCGUCUCGCGCUGGGCGAAAGAUUCUUGUUGGUGUUGCCUUCGCGUUACUGUUUAUUGGUAUUCGCGUGGUGUACACACUGGUUGCUUUCUUCUCCCAGAAGCAGUCGCUAAGCCCGGUCACGGGCACACUUGCGGUCCGCAUUUUGCUCGUCCUUGUGCCAGAGUUAGUUGCAUCUCUCAUUCUCAUCGCGUACGGCUGGAUUACUCGCAAUGGCACCGGUCCCAAGAAUAUUGAUGGUCAGGCUGCCCGGAUACACACGAGGAGCAGGCAGGGCAAUGCGUAG